AUGUCGAACCUAUCACUGGACCGUAUUGGCCGCCUGGCGCCGCAUCUUCCACCGUAUUCGCGUCCUACUGUCCAUGUUGCUGGCACGAAUGGCAAAGGAAGUGUCACUUGUAUCUUAUCAUCCAUCUUCCUCGCGUCGGGUCUUACUGUUGGUCGAUUCAACAGCCCUCAUCUCACAUCCGUCCAAGACUCCAUUCUGAUCAAUGAACAGAGCAUUUCAUUCGAGGAAUACAGUCUUGUACGCGCAGCUGUUCAGAGCGCGGACCAAGAACAUGGCACCGAGAUUACCACUUUCGAAAUCCUGACACUCGUUGCACUGCAGGUCUUCGAGAAACUUAGAGUAGAUGUCGUAGUCGUUGAGGUGGGCAUGGGUGGUCGCCUGGACGCAACCAAUAUCAUGCCAGACGAGUCCAUACUCCUCUCUCUUCUCACGGCAGUCGACCUUGAUCAUCAGACCUUCCUUGGAAAUACCGUCGAACUCAUCGCAAAGGAGAAGGCAAGCAUUGCGAGGAAGAACAAGCCUUUUGUCUUAGGCAUCCAGAAACAUGCUGCUGUCGAGAAUGUUGUGCGGUCUGUCGUCGAGCAGACCGGUGGUUACUUCAUAGCAACUCACUUGGCGCAGCGACGAGCGUGGGAUGAGACUAUAGAUGGUCCACCGCCACCUACUUUCUCCCUGGAUGCAGAAUCCUUCAGCCCCCCGCCUGCUCAACCUAUUACAUUCACCAAUUCGGUUUUCCCCAACAACUUAUCAGCACUUCUUUAUUUGAAUGGAGCCCAUCAGGUGGAAAACUUGAGUCUCGUAUUGACUGUCAUAUCUACGCUUAUGACGCACCCAUCGUGUGCAUCGAGGAUGCCCAACGAUUUUAGCGAGCGUGUUUUGGAAAACAUUCAGGCAGGCAUUAGAAACGCGACUUGGCGAGGUCGCUUAUCAUUCCAUCGACUUGCGGUUUCCUCACCUAUUCCGCGGGUGAUCACUGUACUUGCCGAUGGCGCCCACAAUCGCGCGUCAUCGGAAACCCUCGCUUCAUACGUAUCGAACCUCAUUACGAUGUUGGACGGAAAUCCACAAGCGCGGAUAUUACGAUUAACUUAUAUCCUCGCCCUUUCCCAUUCUCCCCCUAAAACGCCGAGGGAUACCCUAUCCCCGCUCUUCGCCUUUCGAAGCGGCAUACAGCUUUCAAUACAAACAAAAGUUGCCGCGGUACGAUUCACCUCCCCAGAAGGCAUGCCUUGGAUAACAUCUGUUCCGCCGUCUGAGAUCGCCGCAACCGUGCGUGAGUCCAUAUCAGGUGCAGGGUUGUGGGUUGCGUCCGACGAAGGAGAGAUUCAGGGGCAACUUGAGAGUGCAUUGGAAUGGGCGACUGCGGAGAGGACGGAAGGAGAAGAUGGGGUGCACGAGCUAGUGGUUGUCGCGGGGAGCCUAUACCUCGUUGCGGAUUUUUACCGUCUUCUUGCGAGGCAGGAGGCGAACCCCAUUUGA